AUGAGCGCGGCGUUCGCGAUGACCCCCACCGCGCGCGCGACGCCGUCGCCGUCGCUGCGCGCGUCGUCCAUCGCCGCUCGCCGCGCCGUCGUCGCACCCGCCGCCGCGCGUCGUCUCGCGCCGUCCUCCUCCUCGCGAUCGUCGCGCGCGACGCGCGUCGUCGCGACCCGCGCGGAAUACGGCGACGUCGAGCGCGCGAGGGGUCAGGAUUACAACGCGAGCGCGAACGUCUUCGUGGACGCCUUCUUCCUGCGCGGGAAGCCCGCGGGCGACAACGCCAUCACGCCGUCGGAGCUGUCGUACCUCCGCGGCGCGCAGCGUAAGGACCUGACGAGGCGAUACAACCGACGCGGCGACGCCGCGAUGUUCGUCAUCCGCGACGACGACGGAAACGGCGACGUCGUCGGGUGCGUCGGCGCGGAGGUGCAGCGCUUCCAGGGGAUCGUCCCGCUGAGCCGCGCGGACGCGGAGACGAAGGGCGAGGUGCUCGAUCGGCCCGUGAUCGCCAACUUGGCCGUCGCCGCGAGCGCGCGGCGGAGAGGCGUCGCGAAGCGUCUUAUGCGCGCCGUCGAGGACGAGAUCCGAGGGUGGGGGUACGACGAGGCCGUCUUGGUCGUGGAGUCGAGCAACGGCAAGGCGAAAGGGCUGUACGGGAAGCUCGGGUAUAAGGUGGUCGGCGGCGAGGCCGCGACGCCGAACAUCGUGAUAAGCGAGGAGGGGAAGGUUGUGAACGGCGCGGUGCGAACGUCGUUCAUGCGGAAAGAUUUGACGAAGCCGGACGGCGGCGCGGGGGCGCCGCCGGCGGCGGUGGCGGUCGCGGUGGCGGUCGCGGUGGCGGUCGCCGCGAAGGUCGGCGGCGUGUUCUGA